AUGUCCUUUCUUCUUAAACUUGGUCAAAGAAUUCUUUUUAACCCCGUGGUAGCACAUAGUUCAAAUAAACGUUUAUUCCAGAAUAUUACGAAACCUUUCAGUACCAAAGCAACCCCUCACCCCUUAUUAUUAACUAAUUAUUAUACACAAAAAAAUGGAUUUCAAAGUUCCCCUUUUCAUUUCAUUAAUCUUACGCAUGUCACAUUAACACCUCCCGUUUUUAUUAGAUGUAAGUCUACUAAAAUGAAAACUCAUUCGGGAGCAAAGAAAAGAUUUCGUGUUUUAGGUAAUGGAAAGUUUAAAAGGUCAAAAGCCGGAAAAAGACAUUUAAACACUGGUGUUUCCCGUUCUAAAAUUAGACGUUUAAGCGAACCGGCCUAUGCACAUAGUUCUCAAAUGAACCAUUUGAAAAAACUUAUGCCUUAUGCCUAA